AUGAAUGUUACUCCAUUAGAACGUGAUCCGGGGUUACGAAUUCCAGUAAUGCAACAUCCUGUUAACAAGCGUGAUGAAGUUCGGCGAGCAUAUUUAUUGUUGGGACCUUAUCAGCCGAGAUUAAAAUAUCCCCGCUCUAAAUUCGGAAAGCAAUACCGUGGUUUUAAUUUUAGUUGGUUCGCACAACAUCCUUGGUUGGAGUAUUCACCUUCUAAAGAUGCUGCAUAUUGUUUUCAGUGUUUUCUUUUUGAAUCAGAUCCUCCAAAACACUCAGCAUUCACUAGUGAAGGUUUCAAAAGAUGGUGUUCUGUUAAUAAUGGAUCAGCAUGUGCAUUUCUAAAACACUCUGAAAAUGUUGAUUCUGGACACUCUACUGCCCAAGGAAAUUCUGAAGCUUUGAAGAAUUCAGCUCAGCGAAUAAGUCUUUUGGUAGAGAAACAAUCAAUAGAGGCUGUAACGAGACAUAGGUUGCGUCUCAAGACAACAAUUGACUGUUUAAGAUGGCUUGCGCGUCAACAAUGUGCUUUCAGAGGUCACGAUGAGUCAAAAGGUUCAAGGAAUCGUGGGAAUUUUAUUGAAUUGAUCAAGUAUUCAGCAUCACUUAAUAAAGAUGUGAAUGCAGUCGUCUUGGAGAAUGCCACUGGAAAUGCCACUUAUACUUCACCCAAGAUUCAGAAAGAGAUCUUAAAUAUUAUAUCUAACAGAGUUAGAAGCAAGAUUCGCGAGGAAAUUGGAAAUGCCAAAUAUUGUAUCCUUGUUGAUGAGUCGCGGGACGCUUCCAAGAAAGAGCAAAUGGUGAUUGUUUUAAGGUAUGUGGAUAUUGAUGGUUAUGUUCAAGAAAGGUUUUUUGAUAUUCAACAUGUUGAAAAUACUUGUGCUUUAACUCUGAAAAAUGGAAUAACAAAAAUUCUUAAUUAUUAUGAUCUUCAAGUUGAAAACAUGCGAGGGCAGGGGUAUGAUGGCGCAAGUAAUAUGCGUGGUCAGUGGAAUGGCUUACAAGCCUUGUUUCGUGAGGAAUGUAAAUAUGCAUAUUAUGUUCAUUAUUUUUCACAUCGCCUUCAGCUAGCACUUGUGAAAACAGCUGAAACUUUGGGUCCAGUUUGGAAAUUUUAUUCUAUGUUAUCAUCAAUUGUCAAUCUUGUUACAUCUUCUUCACAUCGAUUUGGUGAUUUUCAGUCUGCUCAAGAAGAUGAGAUUGCCAAAAGGUUAUCUAGUGGUGAACUUGAGACAGGGAAAGGGGCAAACCAAAUAGGUACUUUGCCACGUGCUACUGAUACCCGUUGGAGUUCCCAUUAUGGUUCCGUAUGCAGUUUGAUAGAUAAGUUCGAAGCAACCUGCACAACUAUCGACCAUAUUGGCGCAAGUGAUCCGAAAGUGACUCCUAAAGUUGGUGAAGCACAAAGUAUUUCCGAAAGUGACUCCUAA